AUGAUCGAUCUCGAGAUCCAUUUUGAUGGCACCCAGUUCAGUUCCCAAGCAAUGAGGGCGUUUUCUCAGCCCAGUCCUUCAUCUCCUUGGCUGAACACCAUCCCUGCAGGCCAGCGAUCGAACUGUGAUCCUGUGCUCAUGUCAUACUUCGAGCACAUUAUCUGCAGCAGCUCUACCCUCGUCGACAACGCUCAUUAUAAUCCAUAUCGAUACCUUAUAUUACCCAUGGCCCUGCAAUCAGAGGGACUCUACCACGCGGCGUUGGCCGUCGCGGCUAAUACCCUCAAACUGUCAGACCAGCGGUACCGGCUUUCAGCGUUAGAGCAUCACCAUCGAGCGCUAACUCACCUCCGCAGUCUACUCAAUCAGGAUAAUUGGACAGAGCAUGAACUGGAUGAGAUGCUAGGGCUGGUACUGAUGUUAUGCUGGUUCGACAUUUCAGAUAGCAGUCGACCUUCAUGGGUCACGCAUCUUAACGGGUUUCAAGACCUAAUUCGAACACGAAAAGAACGCCCCGGUCGCUCAUCGCAUAGCCAGGAGUUGACGAAUUUCUUCAACCGUUAUUUCGCUUUCCAUUUAGUUCUUGCCCGCACAGCGUUUCGCGUCACCUAUCCUACAUUCCAUACAUCCCCCGUUUUACCGGACAGUAUCCUUGAAAAUUCAGACACGAUUGAUCCCUAUAUGGGAUUGAGUCCCGCCCUUUUGUUGAUGAUCGACCAAGUAGCGGAACUAGCGUGGGCUCGCGAAGAUGGCAACUUGAAAACCAGCAAUACAGAUGUCCAUCACCUCAAAACAAACCUUGAUGAACUAGAACAAAAGAUACCCUCUGGAAAUAUUGAUCCUAGCAUGGAAUGUGCUGCCAUCGCCGAGGCAAACAGGCUGGGCGCCCUGCUUCUUCUGCACGAGAUCUGUGCGACCAAGGCGACCACCAACACCUUCAGUAUUUCAAUAUUGGCUUCAGACGAGAAGAAUACCUAUGUGGAACAGAUUCUGGCCCUCAUGUCGGAAAAGAAAGCGAAUAUGAUGCGUACUGCGGUUCUACCAUUGUGGCCUCUCUUCCUGGCAGGGUGCUGUGCCCACCGGGAAGAGGAAAGAGUUGUCGUGCUACAGCUGUUUGAAGAAUUGGAGGGUAUUCGUCGAUUCGGGAACAUUGCCCCGGCAAUUGAAGUUGUGCAAAUGGUCUGGCGGCAAAGAGAUCUAUCAUCACAGGAUGAAAGGAAGCGGCGGAAAAAGAAUAAUUCACGGCGAGAGAAGAAUGUAGUGUAUGAAUCUCGCUUCUCGUGGGAACAUGCGAUGGUCAUGCUCGGUGGAUGGAAGCUCUGCUUGACUUAA